ACAAGCGCUGCCAAGACCAGGCCGCGCAAAGCGCAAACUGCUGGGAGACGUGCUACUGCCUGCACUUUCGUGGCCGCGAAACAUCCCUGUUAUCUCCGGUCCACGUUAACUGUCGACUUCUUCUCUGUUGCCGUUCUGCGACCGCAGCAGCGUUGACAACAACAGCUAAGUGGCGGAUUCUGGCUGGGACGUGGGCUUGGGAGUCCGGGAAGGCGCCAGGGGCGGACAGAACGAACCCGGGAGCCCGCCAUCUCUCUCUAGCCAUCACUAUUGCAAUCACCCCUCCCUGAAGGAGGAAAAAAGCACUAGUGAGAGGCACUCUCUGUCUCAGUUCCCAGUCAGUUAGCUCGUUUCUGACAAAAUCUGAAAAGAGGGCUGCUACAGUCUCUCGGAUCGCGAAAAAUAUCUGCCGUUGGACACUGCUGACUGUUAGCUUGUUAAGCAAAGGGCAGCUUUACUUCGGCCACCAAAGCCUCGAGCCAUGUCUCCUCCGACCGUGCCUCCUACUGGGGUGGAUGGUGUGUCCGCGUACCUGAUGAAGAAAAGGCACACUCACAAGAAGCAGCGGCGUAAGCCCACUUUCCUCACUCAUAGGAACAUCGUGGGCUGCCGCAUUCAACACGGCUGGAAAGAAGGCAAUGAGCCAGUGGAGCAAUGGAAAGGUACUGUGCUCGAGCAGGUCUCCGUGAAGCCCACUCUGUACAUCAUCAAAUAUGAUGGCAAAGACAGUGUGUACGGACUGGAACUGCACAGAGAUAAGAGAGUUUUAGCGCUGGAGAUUCUUCCGGAAAGAGUUCCUUCUCCUCGCAUCGACUCUCGCCUGGCUGACUCCCUGAUUGGGAAGGCAGUGGGACAUGUCUUCGAAGGUGAGCAUGGCAAGAAAGACGAGUGGAAGGGUAUGGUGUUGGCGCGAGCCCCCAUAAUGGAUACUUGGUUUUACAUCACCUACGAGAAAGAUCCGGUCCUCUAUAUGUACACCCUGCUGGACGACUACAAAGAUGGUGACCUGCGUAUCAUUCCAGAUUCCAACUACUACUUCCCUACAGCAGAACAGGAGCCUGGGGAGGUUCUCGACAGCCUUGUGGGUAAGCAGGUGGAACACGCCAAAGACGAUGGAUCCAAGAGAACUGGAAUUUUUAUUCAUCAGGUGGUAGCCAAGCCAUCUGUCUACUUCAUUAAGUUUGAUGAUGAUAUUCACAUUUACGUCUAUGGCUUGGUGAAAACCCCGUAAGUUUAUAGACUCUUUGCGAAACGUAUGGAACUAUCAGAGGUUAAAUAUUUUAUGUUCUCAAAAUUAAGUUUGCCUGAGUACAAUUUUGAGGUCAAAAGUUCCGGACAGUGGCUAAAUCUUAUUGUGCCUCCAUAACUUAUAUUGACUGUUUCCCAGUUCUGACUCAAGUAUAUGUUGGUACUUUUGUUCUUUAUUUGUUUUAUAAUUGAAAUUUUGAAUUGGUUGCUAAGAGAAAAAAGAAGUGUUUGGAUUCACCGAAACAACUCAAAAGUAGAUAAACUGUGCAACGUGUCUUCUGCUCCCUUGCCCGUCUUUCUAAUUCCUCGCGUUUGUUUGAGAAUUUGGCAUUUUUCUUAGGAUGUUUUCCCUGCUCUAAAGCAGAUACUUCGAUGUAGCUUUUGUAAAACUGACCUUCCAUAUGAUAUAGUUUUAGAUAAAUGGCACAGUCAAUCUCUGUCCGCCACUCUCACACUUCCUCUUACCAGUGUUCACAGUCCACAAAGAUGUGCCAAAAAGUAUCCAUUCUGGUAUUGGUGGCCAUUUAUUUCCUUUUUUUUUUUUUUACUCAUAAUGAUGUUUUAUUGUAUUACGGUGCUCUUAUUUCUAUAGAAGUGUUAUGUAGGCAUAUAUUUAGCUUUAAGAACUAUUGCAAGGUUGCCAUCCACUGGUCUUUAGUGUAUGAAAUGCAGACAGGUGGAAAGUUCCAUGGUUUUCCUCAUUAUUUGAUGUUUACCUGACUCAAUGAGACUUAUUUUUUUCUACUUGGGAUAGUUCUCUUUUUUUGUUUUGCUAAUUCCUAUUCUUUGUUUUUUUAUAUAUUCAGUUGAUAUUUUCCAUGUAAAGUUAUAGGAAUUUCUACAAUGAAAGUGCAUUUAAUCUUUUUUCAUGUGUUAAUGAAUUUUAUAUUGUUAUUAAUCUUGACUUUAUUGUUCACUUUACAAUUUUAAAAACUUUAAUUUUAUAAUUUUUAAAUGUCUAUGUCUUUUAUAAAUUUUUAGUUUCCUAUCUUUUUCAGACAGGUGUCCCUAACCUAGGUCAUACCAAUAUUCACUUGGUUUUUCCUUUAUAAUUUUUAUUAUAUUUAAAUUUUUUAUCUACCUGAAAUUCAUUUUUGCAUAUGCUAAUACAUGGGGACUCAACUCUAAAUAUUUUGCAUUACAUAUUCUACUGUUGAAAUGACUUUUUAAAAAAAUCACUCCUUUUCAAAUUUCUGAGUAAAAGUUAAUUUUAAACAUAAUACCAGACCAUGAGUUUCAGGAACUGGAAUAACAAAUUCCCUUUCAAUAGUUACGUUUUUCUUUCUUAUUAUAAUUUAUCCUCAACAUUCAUCCUUUCAAGAGAAAAAACAAUGCAUUUUAUUGAUGUUCUCAAAGGGUCUGAUACUUAUCAGAACUGCAUCAAUUUUCUGUGUUCUUAUAUACAAGAAUAAAAUUAAUAGUGAUAUUCUUACCACACAAGAGAUUUGGUAGAUCAUUGAAAUAUUUUUAUCUUGUUUCCAUAACAUUUUUCAUAUAGGUCAUUCAUAUCAAAUGGAAUUUAUUUUUGCAGUUAUCGAAUUUUGUAAUAAGUUGAAUAUUUUUCCAUCUUAUAAGUAACUUUUUAUUUUUAUCAAUAAAGCAAAUCUACAGAUUUUAUAUUUUUAUCUUUUAUCCAAUGUGUUUAUUUAAUCCUAUAUGUUACAUUGGAUGUUAAAUUAGAAACUUUUGGAUUUUCUUGAUAUAUACAAUCAUUUUGUAUGUAAAUAUAGAUAAUUUUAUUUCUUCUAAUGCUUAUACUUAUUAGUAUAACAUUAGCUGGAUUUUCCAGAACAGUGUUAUGUGAUGAUGAUGGCAGACAUGCCUUUCCUAUUUCUAAUUUUUAUGAGAAUGACUUUAUUGUUUCAUGUGUGACUUUGUUGUUGAUUGUUGGUAAGUAGUUAUUAGUGUUUAGAAAUUUCUUCUGUUCUUGUUUUUAUAUAGUAUUACUAUUAGAAAUGUCUCCUUGAUUUUAUCAAUGUCUUUUCAAUAUCCAUUAUUAAACUUAUAUAGUUUUUUUAAUUUGUUGAUGCAUGAUUUAUUAGAAAGCUAGGUAUUUAGUAUUAAAACAAACCUUUAUUUCUGGAGUAAAUCCUACUUGGUUAUGGUGAAAUAGCCAUUUAUUAUUCUGCCAUAUUUUAUUUACCAAUAAUGCACUUAUACUUGGAUUUGCAUUCCAAAAUAAAAUUACAGUUUUAGAUUACUCUUUGAAUUUUUAAUUGAAUUAACAAGCAACAGGUUGUGUCUUUUUUUUCAUAAGCUGUCUCUAUGAAGCUUUGUCAUUAAAAUUCUACUAGCUUAAAAAAUGACUGAGUGAAAUAGCAUUAGAAGUAUUUUUUAAAAGUUACCUGAGACUAAGCUAUAAAACAUUCAAAUCCUGGGAAUGAAUUUUAUUAUGUAUCUUUAAUGCAUUCCCUGAUAUUUUCCCAGUGGCAAUUGGCUUUUUCAGACUUUUUGUUAUUACAGAAUAUAUAUUUUUCUGUCAUUUACAGAAUAUAUAUUCUCUGUCAAUUACACACAAAGUUGAAAGUUGCUUAUAUUAUAAAAGUUACUGAUGAUUUUUAUGUGCUUUAUGUCAUUAUGUAUUUGCCCAGUUCAGAAAAAUGUAAUAAAUUCAUCAGCUAUAAUGAUAGUAUAAUUACCUUUGUAUUCUUUUAUUUACUA